AUGGACUCGGCGGAGAGCACUGCCGCCGCAGCCGCGCGCGCGCCCAACAGCGCCGCCCGGGCCGUCGAUGGCCACGACGUCGACGACGACGACGACGCCGUCCCCGAGGUGGCCGCCUGCAUAUCGACGAUGCUCGACCGCGGGGGCAGCGUGGAGAGCCACCGCCUCUUCCUGGCGCGCCGCACCGCGCUGGAGAUGCUCCGCGACCGCGGGUACGCCGUCCCGGAGGACGAGCUCGCCCGCACCCUCCCGGAGUUCCGCGCCUGGUGGGAAGACAAGCCGGAGCUCGAACGCCUCGCCUUCUCCACUACCCUCGCCUCCGACCCAUCCAGCAAGGUGAAAGUUGUGUUCUGUCCAAUUCAACCUGUCAAACUCAUGGCUAUCCGGGUGGGCAGAAUAAUGUCUAAAGCCAGAGAAGCUAUCAAGGAGAUCUUUCCAUUUAAAGUUGACACGUUCCAGAUCACGGAAUUACUGGUGAACAUCACUAAGCAUGUCCUCAAGCCCAAGCAUCAAGUGUUGACUGCAGAGGAGAAAGCCAAGCUCCUGAAGGAGUACAAUGUGAUGGAUGCACAGCUGCCUCGCAUGCUGGAGAAUGAUGCUGUUGCUCGCUAUUACGGACUAGGCAAGGGAACUGUUGUUAAAGUUAUAUAUGACAGCGAGCUUACCGGGAACCAUGUGACAUACCGUUGCAUUUUCUGA